AUGUCGGACGACUUUAAAUUCCCGCAAGAUUCGGUGUGUCUGCAGGAAGUGGCACGAAUUUGGAGGCACGUGAAGAGGGGGUGCCUCUGGUCCUUGGGGAAUGGCUUAACAUGUCGUUUUUGGCUCGACACUAGGGUUGGCAUCCAACAACUGUUGCUCACGGCUGCCACGGGCUUUAUUUCACCGGACGUGUUGGCUAAACCAGUUGCAGCCUUUGUGGACCCGCGUGGAGGCUGGAAUUGGAGCAGUUUUGCAGGCCUGCUUCCGUCAUCCAUUGUGCUCCGUAUAGCGGCAACCAUGCCGCCGCAAGCUAAUGCCGGUAGCGAUCGUUUGAUAUUGGGGCUCACGAGUCACGGGAAUUUCUCGACUAAGUCGGCUUAUUCGCUCUUAACAGAUGGUGCAUCUUCCGCGGCUCGACCGUUGUGGAAACUGAUAUGGAGGCUUCCUAUAGCUCAGCGUGUGCGACAUUUCACUUGGCUUGUUGCUCGCGAUCGUCUACUAACCAAUGUCGAACGCCGACGACGACACCUGGCCGAGUCUGCGGAGUGCGCAUGCUGUGGUGAGGAGGAGUCCACUCUCCACGUCCUUCGGGAUUGUGAUGCGGCUCGUGUAAUAUGGAAUCAGUUGGUACCGGCCGCUGUACUGGGCAGCUUUUUCGCUAUGGACCUCUCUGAUUGGCUUUGGUACAAUUUAACUCCAGUUGAGGCGUUCCCGGACCCGGCAUGGCCGAUAACCUUUUCUUAUGCGUGUUGGAGAAUGUGGGCCUGGCGGAACGCCGCUAUAUUUUCUAAUAUCACGUGGCGGGUAGAUGUUAAGGUUCGAGAUAUACGAUGUCGAUCUGAGGGUAUCUUGCGGCGAAUGCGAGACUGGCGAAGUUUGGAUCCAUAG